ACUAUAUAAUACUGGUGACUUUCACUUGGUUGUCUAUAUUGAAGCUAUCUAGCUCUCAGCUUAGGUAUCCACACACCUAUAAUUCUUCUAUAGCGACUUCUGGGACAGAUAUAUCUGGUAAAACAAGCUCUCAUGGCGAACCUAGAGGCCAGAACGAGCAGCGUUGGUGCACCAGGAGGUGAGUAUCAAGUGUUCCUGAGUUUUAGAGGAGCAGACACUCGUUAUGGAUUCACCGACUGCCUCUACCACGCCUUGGUAGGUGCGGGAAUCCGCGUCUUUAGGGACGAAGAUGAACUCCGUGUUGGGGAAGUCAUUGGUGGAGAGCUGCUUCGGGCUAUCGACGACUCCAUACUCUACAUACCUGUCUUUUCUCAAAAUUAUGCUACCAGUAAAUGGUGCCUCCGCGAGAUCGCCAGGAUAAUACUUCCCAUUUUCUUCGAUGUGGAACCUGAUGAUGUGAAGCUGAAAACAUCAUUGUAUAAGGAUUCCCUUCUAGAACACGAGAAGAGGUUCCCUGAAGAAGUGAAGGCACGGCGAAAGGCUCUUGUGAAGGUAGAUGAAAUCAAGGGAUGGAACUUGAAGAAGGAUGAAGGCCAGGGACAACUUAUCAAAUGGGUUGUUGAAGAGGUUUUGGAUAAGUUGAAGAUAAAGCAUAAACCCGUGACUGAACGUUUAGUUGGACUCACUGGUCUGGUAGAAGAUGUCAUGAAAUUACUAGACAUUGACUCUGGUGACGUGCGGCUCAUCAAAAUUCAUGGAAUGGGUGGUAUCGGUAAAACAACACUUGCCAAGGUCAUCUUCAACCAACUAACUCCACAGUUUGGAAAGCGAUGCAGCUUCCUUGAAGACAUUCGAGAAGAGUCGAAGAAGGAUGGCUUAGUCAAGUUGCAGGAGAAAUUGCUGUCGGACAUUGUUCAUUCUAGGGCAAUAGAAAAAAUUCCCGACACAGAUUAUGGCAUGAGGAGGACCGGAGAAAUACUUUGCAAUAAGAGGGUCCUCAUAGUUCUUGAUGACAUUGACAGGGGUGAACAAAUCGAGAAACUACUAGGAAAAUACAGUCUGCAUCCAGGAACGAGGAUAAUUGUUACCACUAGGGAUAGAAGCGUGCUGCCUAUUAAGGGAUUUAAGUAUACAGUUCUACCUUAUCCGAUGGAGGAGCUGAAUUUUAAUCAUGCACUCCAGCUUUUCGAAAGGCACGCCUUCGGUGGACUCUCUCCUUCAGAUGAUCAACACGUCCUUGCUAGGGCUAUCGUCUCCACUACUGGAGGGCUUCCUUUGGCUCUUGAAGUGAUAGGUUCACUCCUCUAUCAAAAGCCCAAAGCAAUAUGGAGUGAGACGUUGGACAAGUUAAGAGAAAUGCCGGAGAAGGAGGUCCAGAGGAAGUUGAAGAUUAGCUAUGACAUGCUAGACGAUUAUCAGCAACAGAUUUUUCUCGACAUUGCAUGCUUUUUCAUUAAUGAGGAUAAGACUAAUGCAAUUUAUAUGUGGACUGACUGUCGGUUUUUCCCCGAAGGCGGAAUUGAUGUCCUUAUUAGCUUGUCCCCGAUAAAGAUAUUGGAUAACAAUAAAUUUUGGAUGCAUGACCAACUCAGAGAUCUUGGAAGAGAAAUGGUUCAUAAAGAAAGCUUGACAGACCCUGGAGAGCGUAGUAGGUUGUGGAUAAGCAAAGACAUCCUCGAAAUAUUGAGAACGAAAGAGAGUAAGAAGAAGGUUCAAGCAUUUGAUCUAGAUGGAAAGGCUUCUCCGAACUUGAUCACAAAUGAACAGCUUGAAAGGUUUGGAAGUUUGAGGUUCCUAAAGUUAUGUAACACAACCUUUGUUGGAGAUUUCUCGGAAUGCCUUUCAAAGAUAGUAUGGUUUUCUUGGCAUUCUCCUCCGCAAAGUUUUUGGGCUGUCAAUAUGCAUUCAAGAAAUAUAGUUGUUCUUGAACUUUCUGACAAUCACUUUACAGAUGAUUCGGAGGUGUGGAGCUUUUUCAAGAUGGCAACCAAAUUAAAGGUUCUAGCUCUCAAAUGGUGCUUUGGCAUUACCAGAACUCCAGACUUCUCCAAGUGCUUGAUGUUAGAGAGGUUGACACUUGAAAGAUGUGACAAUUUGACAGAAAUUGACUGUUCAAUUGGAAGGCUGAAGUAUCUGAUAGACUUGAAUAUAAACGGCUGCUUGCGUCUUGAAGAGUUGCCUAAAGAAAUUGGAGGGCUAGAGAAACUAAAGCGCUUCUCUUUGACGGAUUGCUAUAGGGUGAGCAAACUUCCUGACUCAAAAAUGAGGAGGCUAAAAUGGAAGGGGAUGCCAAAGAGCCCGACACUGAGGUUCUGCUUCAGUUCCAUCCAUCUGCAAGUUCUCGGGAUCAUGAAAUUAGUGAAGAGCCUCCACUUGACAAUGUCAGAGAAGGGACUCCACCUGGAGAGGAAAAUCACACUACGGAGCAAGACUCAAGCUCUUUAAGUCCAGAUGAACUUGUUCCACCAAGAACAUUUUCUGAUAGGUUCAAGACAUGCUUAGUGAGCAUAUUGGAAUGUGUCUGCAACCGUGACUUUUCCUAGCUUUUAUGCUGAGAUUCUUUGAAGUUGGGAGCAGAAAAGGCAUUUGAAGGAUAAUGCAGUAGUGCAGAUGGGAAGACCAAGUCUCAUCUCGUCUUUGUGGUAGAUAGAAGAGCUAAGUGAUGGCUUCAAAAGAUAACUUUCAGACUCCUCUAGAUGAAACUCAAAAGGGAACUGCGGUCGAGGGACAGAUGUUCCAGAAACAAGAACUCGUGCUGCAUAGAAAUUUCCUCCGUGUCGGGGAUUGAUUAUCCAUUUGUCCCAGGCAAGUUUUUCUCUUAGUGGAGUACAAAUUGAUUUCCAUAUGCGUCAACUAACAAAGUAUUUUCCGCUAUUUGGCUUGCGUAUGACAGUUUCUUCAACCUUCGAUGGCAUGUGAUAGACCAACCGAUGCGCUGACAGGCAGCAGAUUGGCACUGAUAUACAUUGUCAGCCGAUGAUUAGGUGGCAGUUUAGUGGUAGUGUUUUUUGAACAUUCAUUGGCCAAGAUGUAAUAUAAGUUGCCUUAUUUUGGAAGCAGCGAGUUCCUCAAAAAUGGACUUGACACAUUCCGUAAAUAAAAGUCUUUCUUUCAUCAUCUAGUA